AAUGAACACAGAGAGCAGAGAUUUGGUUGGUAAAACAGAAAACGGAAGGAAGGCCAAAGGAGUGGGGAGAGGAAGAUGAACUUCCUCCCUAGAGUAAUUCAUUGGCAAGUUUCUAGAUUUGCGAAUAGGCCCUUCAAAACCACACAAAAUCAUUUCAGGUCCAUUUCCGGCUCCACCUCAACUUCCUUGCUCCAUGGCAUUCAUCAAUUUCAUUGUCCAGACGUGGUUGGAAUCCUUGCAAGAUUAUCAGAUUGCAUAGCAUCAAGGGAAGGAAAUAUUCUAAGUGCUGACAUUUUUGUUCCAGAUGACAACCAUGUCUUUUAUUCCAGAAGUGAGUUUCUCUUCGACCCUGCUAAAUGGCCACGAGAGCAAAUGGAUGCAGACUUCUCUGAGCUAGCUAAAAAGUUCAAUGCAAUGAAGUCUCUUGUUCGGGUUCCUGAUAUCGAUCCAAAAUAUAAGAUUGCAAUUCUAGCUUCAAAGCAGGAACACUGUCUUGUAGACUUGUUGCAUGGUUGGCAGGACGGGCGGCUUCCUAUUGACAUAACUUCUGUAAUAAGCAAUCAUGAAAGAGGUCCAAAUACUCAUGUGAUUCGGUUUCUUGAGAGGCAUGGUAUACCAUACUAUCAUUUGCCAACGACUAAGGAGAAUAAAAGAGAAGGAGAAAUCUUGGAAAUAGUUGAAGAUACUGAUUUUUUGGUACUUGCUAGAUACAUGCAGGUGUUAUCUGGAGACUUCUUAAGAAGCUAUAAGAAAGAUAUCAUUAAUAUUCACCAUGGCUUGUUGCCAUCGUUCAAGGGUAGUAAUCCAUCUAAGCAGGCUUUUGAUGCUGGUGUUAAAUUGAUUGGGGCGACAAGUCACUUCGUGAGUGAAGAACUAGAUUCAGGUCCAAUCAUUGAGCAACUGGUUGAAAGAGUUUCUCAUAGAGAUAAUUUGCGGACUUUUAUACAAAAGUCUGAGGAUGUGGAGAAAAGGUGUCUUGCAAAAGCUAUUAAAUCAUACUGUGAGCUGCGUAUUUUGCCAUAUGAGGCGAACAAGACUGUUGUUUUCCGGUCCUGAUAGAAAAAAGAAGCUGUUACAGCCGCAUCAAUCUCUUGCAAUUCUGUCCAUCACUCGAUGAUUGUGGAUAUAAUUGUUAUCACUCAGUUAUCCAAGUAAACACCCACACAUGCAAUUCCAAGAAACGACAAAAAAGAUGACUGGUUCAUGACAGAACUACCAGAAAAUAGAAAUUGUGAAAAAGGAAAGAAAUAAAAAGGUUUCAUCUGAAUUCGUGUUGUAAAAUUUGCAGAUUUAAGACAUUGCCUUGAUCUUUUUUCCCAUUUUCAGAUUCAGCAAAUAAUUGUACAAGUUCUAAAUUCUGUUGUUGCUAUCAAAACUCAAAAGUACCUAAAAACUGCUUUCAAUUGUUGUUGAA